GCCGGGUCCCACCCACCCCAACGACAAAAAAGAAAAACCAAGUCUCACCGCCCACUGGCCAGUGGCCACUGCAUGCAGCAGCAGAAUUGAAAUGUUCGUUAGAACAUAGCUCAUCCCCCAUUGAAGGAACUACGUUUUCCUCCAUGAAACACACAACAAGAAGCUCCCAAACCCUACGCGCAUCAUCUGGACUCAAUGUUGUGGCGAAGAGCCUUCAGCACCACCGCCGCCAAGCGCCACCUCACGGCCAAGAAAUGGGAUGCGCUGAUCAUCGGCGCCGGCCACAACGGCUUGGUCUCCUCGGCUUACCUGGCCCGAGCCGGCCUCUCCGUCGCCGUCCUCGAGCGCCGCCACGUCAUCGGAGGCGCAGCCGUCACUGAGGAGAUCAUCCCCGGCUUCAAGUUCACUCGCUGCAGCUACCUCUAUGGCCUCUUCCGCCCCUCCAUCGCCAGGGAACUGGAAUUGACGAGACAUGGAUUGAAGCUGUUGAAGCCUUUGGCUUCAUCGUUCACACCAUGUCUUGAUGGGCGUUAUCUGCUCUUGGGCCUCAACCAGGAACAAGACCACUUGGAAAUUUCGAAGUUCUCAAAACGAGACGCAGAUGCUUAUACAAGCUACGAAAAUCAGCUGCAUAGGUUCCAAAAAUUUGUGGAUUUUGUUUUGGAUUCACGUACCCCUGAAACUUUCCCCUGUGAACAUUCCUCUAUCUAUGAUGGCCUCCGGAAUAAGUGGCACAAAUCAGCUUUUUGGGCUCGUUGUCUGCAACAAGUUCUGUCUUUAGGCCAAAAAGAUAUGGUGGAAUUUGUGGAUCUUUUGUUGUCCCCAACUUCAAAGUAUCUGAAUAAGCGGUUUGAGUCGGAUAUACUCAAGGGAACACUUGCAGUAGAAGCUAUCGUUGGAAGUAUGGUAAGUAUCCAUAAUUCUGGGAGUGGAUACGUUCUGCUACAUCAUGUCAUGGGUGAAGUUGAUGGUGAUCAUAAUAUUUGGUCGCAUGUUGAAGGCGGGAUGGGUUCUGUAUCAUUGGCCAUAAGUAAUGCUGCGAAAGAAGCUGGGGUUCAUAUUGUCACCAAUGCAGAGGUUUCACAAGUGAUGAUUGGAGACACAGGCAUAGUGAAUGGGGUAUGCCUGGCUGAUGGGACACAAGUGCAUUCUUCAGUUGUUUUAUCAAAUGCAACUCCCUACAAGACUUUCAUGGAGCUGGUGCCCCAAGAUUUUCUUCCCAGCGACUUUCUUCAUGCUAUAAAGAACUCUGACUACAGCUCUGGAACAACAAAAAUUAAUGUUGCUGUUGAUAGAUUGCCUCAGUUCCAAUGUUGCAAAUCGAGUAAUCCAGAAGUGGGUCCUCAGCAUACAGCUAGUAUUCGCAUUGGUACUGAGAGUAUGGGGGAAAUUGAUACAGCUUGUCAGGAGGCUUGGAAUGGCUUACCAUCAAGGAGACCUGUUAUGGAAAUGACAAUUCCUUCUUCAUUGGAUAACACUAUAUCUCCUCCUGGUAAGCAUGUGGUUAGCUUGUUUACACAAUACACACCCUACAAACCCUCAGAUGGUAGCUGGGAAGAUCCUAAAUACAGAGAAUUAUAUGCACGCAGAUGUUUUAACUUGAUUGAUGAAUAUGCCCCUGGGUUCAGUUCAUCAGUCAUUGGCUAUGACAUGUUGGCACCACCUGAUCUAGAAAGGGAAAUUGGUCUUACAGGGGGUAAUGUUUUUCAUGGUGCUAUGGGUCUAGAUUCACUUUUCCUGAUGCGACCUGUUAAAGGAUGGUCUGGCAAUCGAACACCGGUGAGAGGACUCUAUAUGUGUGGGAGUGGAUCCCAUCCAGGAGGCGGUGUGAUGGGAGCUCCUGGGCGUAAUGCUGCACACAUUGUUCUUGAGGAUGUUCAGAAGCGAUCUCAUUAGGAGACUUGUUUCUGUCUGUCCUUUAUUAUAUCCCUAUCCUUCACUAGAAUCACCACCCUUACUUGUCCAACUAUUGUUGUUUUGCUGACGGUGUAUAUAGUAAUUUUCUUUUGGGGGUAAAAUGUAUACAGUAGCAAAUGAUCCCUGAGAAAAAUGUAAUUAAACAUCACAUUGUAGUUGUAUGUAUUAGCCGACUCAGUUAUAUCAUAUAUGGCAUGUGAUCCUUGAUCAGGUUUGUAUCAAAAUAUGACAGGCUUUCCUUGGAUAUUGCAUUUGCUCAUACUGUCAAACGUUGACGCGUAUGUGAGUGAUUUUUGACUGUUAAUGCAUAAGGUCCACACUACAUCAUUGAUUAAGACUUAUCGUGGCAAAACAUUACAUGUCU